ACAACUUCAACGAAACGGAAACGCUUAAUCAAUCAGGAGCAGCGUAGGGCGGCCAACGUCAGAGAACGUAGACGCAUGAACAAUCUGAACAAAGCUUUCGACGAGUUGAGGGACAAAGUUCCCAGGUUCGAAUACGAGAAGCGUCUGUCUCGAAUCGACACCCUCAAACUCGCUUCUGAGUAUAUCAUCUUCCUUAAUAGGAUUUUA